AUGGCUGAAAAUGAGAUCUUAGAAGACCAAGACAAGCUGAAGAGGGGUCUAGUGAAGGUUCUGGAAUGCGUGGCCACCAUCUCGUCUGCAGCAGCGGUGGUCAAUCCCAUCUUCGGCAUGGCUGGUUCUCUCAUCCGUGUGGUUCUACAUCAUGUGGAUGACAAAGACAUUCAGAAACUCAAACGUGAAUUUGGCAGCGUGAAUCGAGCCCUGGACGAAAUCUCACAGCAGAACCAGAAUGUACUGCUUCAGAUCAGGAAGGAGACUGUGGACGGCCUGUACUGUCGUGUAGAAGAAAACAUUCGUAAUCAGUUCUCCAAAUUCAUGGACACUGUGGAGGUAUCGGCAGCACAUGAACAGCGCAAGAAAGAAUUUGAAAUGAGCUUUGUGAUCAAUCAGUGUGACCAGAACCUCCACACGCUGUACGGCGGUGUGAUGGGUGAAUCGAAGCUCUUCUGUCAGCCCAUCCUAGAGGUCUACAUGAAACAUUCACAGGGUGACCAGCGUGUCAUGGAAAACCUCUGCACUCGACUCACAUACUUGUUCUGCGCCGGUCUCAUUGCUCUGAUGAGUUACGCUGCCAUCGUCGGGGAUGAUGAGGAAGCUCUGCGCAUCGAGUGGGAAGAGAAAAUGAAAGAUGUGGCCAAAAAGAUGUCAGAAGUGUUAAACAGUUAUAAGUGAUUCUACCUCAUGUGACCUUUUCCACAAUAUAUCUUUCUAUUGUUCUCUAUCUAUUUUACCUGUCAUUGCCCUAGCAACUGCUGUCCAUAGUUGUCUAUCUAUUCAUCUAGUUGUACCAUGCACCCACACUGAACAACCUGUUAACCCAUACUGUUGUUCUGCAAAUACUUGCAAUUUUGAAACAAAAGUUAUAUAGAACUGUAAUAUACUGAUGUUAUUUUUUGAAAAUGAUGUACUUGUCUUUUUGUACAGUGCACUCAAACUGAAUAUACCCAACAUUAAAAUAAUAAUUUAUCUUUAUUCAAAAUAAUAUUGCAAAUAAUAAUAAUAUUGCAAAUUCUAAUGCCAUGUAGCCUUGAAAUGCUUUUCUCAUGAAUCUCUAUCUCUCUACAAUGUCAUUGGUAUAUUUAUAUUUGGCACUGUAUAAUGUACUCUGCAGUAUUAUGAAUAAACAAAUAUAUGAGGAAUACA